AUGAAUAAACUACCUCGAUUAUUAAACUCAUGUGAACCUCAAAUUAUCGAUAAUGAAUGGCGAAGAUUUCAUAACUUCGAAUUACCAGAUGAUAUCAAGCUUGAUGACCCUGCUGAUAUUUUUUGGCAUAAAAUUUUUAUUUAUGGUGAUACAGAAGAAGUUUGGAGCUUUAAAAAUUUAGCUAAAUUUUUCUUAAACAUUAUCUCUUUACCUUAUGGUAGUGCGGAUUGUGAGAGAAUAUUUAGCAAAAUUGGUUUAAUCAAAUGUCAAGUGCGCAAGAAAUUAGUCACUAAUACCCUCAACGGGUUAUUGUUAUCUAGUCAACGAGUAAAUCACAAUUGCAUCGGUUAUGAACCAUCUAAAGAUGAAUACAGCAAGAUGAGGACUUCUUUAUAUACCCUUACGACUUCUGGAAAUAAUGACAACAGCAAUAAUAAUAAUAAUAUGAGUGUUAUUGUCGAUGACACAUUAAAUGUUGAUCUCGAUGACAUUAUAUAA